AUGAUGGACACACUAUCAAACCGCACAAUGCGGAAUUCUCCUGUUCAGAAUUCAAUGAAAAGUAAAAGGACUACUGCAGAGAGCACUCCAAGUUAAAGUGCGGGAUAAGAACAGAUUGUGAAAGAGUUCUUAGGCUUUCCUUUGGAAAAAUCUAGACUAUAAUACGUGUGAUUCUUUGAGGUAGCUGAUCUCAAUGCUAGAAAUUUCUCUAGAUUAUAUCAUUAUGUACUCCGCUCAGUGACCCUUGAACUCUGCGGGUGAAAUCCUAUCAAGUGGACUUUGAUCAUAAAGCGCAAGCAAACCCGCAAACUACUAUAAAAGCGAUAGAGUUUCCAAGUACUAGCCACGUAUGUUGACAGUUUUUUUUUAUCGUCGAUUAGUUUCUACCGUUAGUCUAAAACUACCUCUUUAAUUUUUAUUUUGUUGUGCGUUGACAAUUCUUCUAACACUUCAUGCCUUAUUAUUUUCCUGUGGUGCCCCCCCGCCCCGCACCCCCUACCAAAAAAAAUGAGGGUGGCAAGUCCCUGAAGGGGACAAAAGUGUGUGCAAAUGUCCUUGCGAGUUAACGGGGGCCAAAAAGAAUUUAAUCUCCUGAAAGAGGUAGUUUAUUUCUGUGCGCAAUCUACUACUGUUUCGUGACACUUUAGACUAGGGUUAUAGGCUGCUGUUUAGACUUUUUGAAAUAAAAUGACGACAAGUUGCCUUUCUCUUUUAAAAAAUUACCUUGGCGCCGGGGGAAAUACAAUCAAGGGGAUCCCUCGGAGACUCGGGGAUCCCUCGGAAACUGAAGUCGUUCCCCACCUGAGAAGGGUGCAAGGGCGGCACCGAUUGAAAUAAUUGCGGCCUGAAACUGAUCAAAUUCACCGUUAAAGUGUUAACAUUCAAAUCCAAAUUGGUUUCCUGUAAUGCUGCCUAUUGUAUAUUAUUCUAUAGUUUAAAAGAGGGAAAUGUAAUCGUUCAAGCUUGGUUCAUACAGAUGAUAACAAUAAAGCUGUUCACUGCCACUAUGCUCUCGGAUCAGGUUUUGAUCAGUUUUGAACUUGGGAGUCGAGUUAAGCAUAGGAUAAAAACCAGACGCAAAGCGGCAUUCCAGAAACCACUGACUUACUAAACACUAAAGACAGGUAUUUCCUGAAACUCUCUAAUAAUUUGAUAGAGCAAUGCGACUUUAGAGGAUUUGCAGAUCAACUGUGCAUAUUUUGGAUUCUUGUACCACUCCUCGGCCUCUACCACUAAGUUUAUCGCGAGAGGUCAGUAUUAUAGCUAUUUGAAGAAUCUAAGAUACAUCUUUACUCUAUAGCGCCACCGGAGUUCCGAUUUUUGCACACAGCUAAUUCCCAAAGAGACUCUUCAAUACCGAUUUGCACUGUUAUUCACCUGUUGUUUGUGUGGAUGGAACUCCUGCGGCGUUUCAGUUGUGCGUGGAUACGCGCUACAUCUCUUCUAACAUUCUACAAACUUUAGCUCUUUGGCACUCCUUAUAGGCGGUUGAAUUUUGCCUGGUAUCAGUCCAAUCAAUAGCGUCUGAAGGGGUAUGUUUGCUAUUUUGGCAUUUGAGAAAUCUGAGCUAACUGUACUAUAGCUUUGAAAAACACGUGUAUAGAUUUACAUAAACAAGUUAAAAACAGUAUGUUUUUAGUCUAUAUUUGAUGCGGAUGUUUUUAUAUUAUUUAGAAUCUUUUAUUUAUUUGUUUACCUGUAUAUUUAUGAUUUAUUUAUUAUUUUUGGUAUAAAAAGGGCCUGAGUUAAAACGAUUAGGUCUGAGAACCCUUAUCAACAUUCUGCUCUGAAAACGGGAAGAAAUUUCGCCGACCUAACCCCACCACCAGCCAAUCUUUCAAGGAGAUUUUGAACAUCAGCGAUCUGUUUUUCCUCACCUUGUUUAGCGGUUUGUGUCUUACGUACUUAAAUGACUACCAUUGCACUGGAAUAUUUUCUAUCAAAUGUCGAAAGUGUGCUCUUUUCAUUGGACGAGAAAUCUCGCCUCAUUUUUUGAACCAGUCAGAAUUUGCUCCAACGAUCUAUCUAUUAUCGUGGCUUGCUCGAAGGUACACAGCGGUCAAACGCUUGAGACAUAUCGCGCCGACAAGUCUGCACUUUAAUUUACCAACGAAUAUCAUUUAGAAGUGCUUACUUAUCGGUAAUGAGGCAAACUUUUAAGAGUGAAGAUUGCAACGAUAAUAACUUUGAAGUACUUUGGUCAGCUUUGCAAAUUUCUCUCUGUCCGACCGCUUUCAAGUGCGCAGUUGCUCUUUCCCGCGCUUGGUAGCCGCCCGCGCGCUGUUUGUACCUGUGGUGUGUUGCCAUUGAGAUGUUUUUAGCGUGACGAUUGGGCAGAGCAAUUUCUUCAGUUUUGUUUUUAGAGGCUAAACUUUAACCUCUAUAAUAAGAAGACUGUUCUGUUUUCCUGUUUGUCUUUUGAUACCUCUUCAAUCUUCCCUUUCACUCACACAAGUGGCCUAAAGUAAAAAUUCAACAAAAUUUCCAAAUUUCGUGUCAUAAAAUGCUGAAAAAGAAAUAGUACCAUGUGAAAGUACUGCUGAAGAGGUUUCAUUUGAAUGCUCAUACCAUAGGAUUUCAUCCACAGUCUCAAAAGUUAGAACAGCAUACUAAAUAAACAAUAUAAUGUGAAAGUACUGCUGACGAGGUUUCAUUUGAAUGGUCACACCAUAGGAUUUCAUCCACAGUCUCAAAAGGUAGAACAGCAUACUAAAUAAAUAAUAUAAUGUGAAAGUACUGCUGACGAGGUUUCAUUUGAAUGGUCACACCAUAGAAUUUCAUCCACAGACUCAAAAGGUAGAACAGCAUACUAAAUAAAUAGUUUUGUGUGAAAGUACUGCUGAAGAGGUUUCAUUUGAAUGGUCACACCAUAGGAUUUCAUCAACAGAUUCAAAAGUUAGAACCACCUUACGAGACUCUAUCAGUCACUCAGGGAGAUUGGCGUUGAAAACUAGCCUGUGUACAGCCGCCCCCCUCCCCUCAGGCUACACAGGCUAUCGAGAACGAGUGCUCCGCAGCUAGACUCAGUGUGUGGGCCCGAAAUAAAGAAAAACGGUGUGAUGGAUGGAGAGAAAUCUGUGUUCUAUGUCAUAGGCAUGGUUAUACGCGGCUUCUGUUUAUAUCAAAAAGUUUUAGUGCACGACUAGAAAUAUGAUAAAUGUUUGGAGUUUUGGAUAUCAAUAUGAACAAAAGGAUGACCAGUGUUAGAAACGAUAAAGAAGAAGUAAUGUACGUACAUAAAUACAUAUUUUAUUGACCCGUCCCCACAGGGCUUUUCAGAAUCAAUGUAAGACAAUGCUGAGGAAAAGAUAAUCAAGAAAAAAAUUUAUCGUAGAUUCUUCAACAUGUUCAAAGUAAUCUACCAAAAGGUAAAAAAAAAUAAGUGUUAUGAUUAAUUUGAUUCUCACAUUCUUUUUCAAUUGCAGAACUUGUGCAGAACUUUCCAGGAGCAAACUUUUGUCUAAGUGUACUUAGAUCAUAAAACAGAAGACAUGGCAAUCGCAUGACGUUGGUGGUAGAUAUCAUUUUUUUGUUAAAAAAAUAAACACAUAAACAAACGAUUUACCGUAAAUCCUCUAUUGAACCCUCCGGGGUAGGGCUUAUUUAUUUCAACCAAUUUUGAGGAGGGGCUUAAUAGAGAAGGGGUGCUUUCAGUUUAGCGAAGAUGAUGAUUUAGUGGAAAAGCCAAGGCACAGUUACACGAAGUUAGAGGUCAUGCAGCCAAAGAUCAAAAUUAAAUCUGAACUUCCAUCACGUGAAUAAACCAUAGCAGAGCAGUACGCAUGAAGUGUUACAGUUGUAAUUAAUUAAUAAACUCUAUUAUUUAAGAAUAAGGAGGAGGGGAGGGGGGCUUAAUAACUUUCUUUCCCCAAAAACGUUGGGCGAAUUUGAGGGGGUGGUGGGGGGGGGGGGGGGGGGGGUAGAAAGUAAGAUAGAGACAGAGAAAAAUCAUAUUGAAUAGUGAAAUAAAGGGAAAUAUAACUAAAGGAGCAAGAAGUGAAGAGUAGUGUGUAAAGAUAAAUUAAAAAAAAUAGAAUUUUUAGAAUAAAGAGGGGGGGGGGGGGGGGGGGUCAUUUUUUUCUGGUGAGCGGCGGUGGGGGGGGGGGGGGGGGGGGGGGGGGGGGGGGGGGGGGGGGGGGGAGGGCACUUAACAGAAGAUUUACGGUAUGCAAUGUAUUAGACAAUUAGUCUGUCCUAAACAUGUCAACUCCAUGUCAGUUCAGGAAAUCCCCAAUAGGUUUUUCAGGAUCCGGUAUUUCCCUUAUUUGAAGCUCAGGAUUCGAGAUUUUAAAGCAAAAUCGGGCAAGAUUCGGGAUUGAAGGUACGCGCGCGAGUUAGAAUGCCCGAAAUAACCCUCGGGAUUUACGGGAUUACACGACCUUUUGGGUCGGGAUAAUGGGAUUGAAGAACCCUAUUGGAGACCGUCAGUUCAGUUCAUUUGAAAUUUACCCGCCGUGAUUGCAGGGCUAGGUUUUAUGACUACCUUACAGUACCUGCUUUGUUUUAUAAAAAAAAUCUUUGUUAUAUCAACCGUUACUUAAAAAAGGUAAUGUGGACUUUUUAUGAAACCUCAUUUAAUCUAGGCCAUAGUUGACUUAAUUAAGGUUUGCAAAUCCUUGAUCAUUAUUAAGGAUAAAUUUUGAUAUGUUUUUUUUUUACUUUGAAGAGGAACAUUAGAGCAAAAUGACUUCCAAAACAGUGACAUCCACUCAUUACGUGGUUUGAUUGUAGUGCAUAAAUUCUUAUCUCGCGUGACUGCAUGGUCACGAGAUAGCUGGGAUUUCUUUUACAAAUACUUAGUAGAUACUUUUUCAUCAAAAAAGAGUGUGUCCUACGUUUCUCAUUAUAAACAUUUAGUAGUGUCUUUUCAUGCAGUUGAUCCUUCCUUCUACUGGUAGUUGACAAUGUUGUAGUAUAUUCAUCUUAAAAGUGAAACAGCCUUAGCCGAAUUGUUUAAAACAACUAUUCCCAGUUCCUUCCGAAAUAGUUACAGAAUUUUAAAUUGCUAUUGAGCUGAUGUCAAAACACAGAAAAAGUAAAAGAAAACCAGUCGAUCCUCUCCUGACACUGCCAAACGCAACUACCUUACGAAUAUGUCUCUACUGUGUUGCACGUCACAGCUGUCAUUUGCAGCUGAAACCGGUGAACUAACUAGCAACUAACUAACUAAAACAAUAAUGGCGGCACACAGCUUGAUGGGCUCCUGCGGCACACCAAGUUUGAAAAAGAGGAAAACGCAACAGCCAUGGAGAAUUUGUUCAGUUUGUGAUUGGCUAAGUUCCCUAAGUUCCCGGCUUCUUAAAACCUUAAUGACAGUAUCAGUGAAAUUAUAAAAUAACAGAUAAACCAUGUAAACUGUCUGUAAAUAAAUUCUAUUCAUGUAUAGUUUAGCGGAAGGGGGAGCUGUGAGGGGUCGCAGCCUCCCCUUUCUGUCUGAAAUGUUGUUUGAACGUCUGUCUUUAAGGGCCUUAAUUUCUGGAUGCAAGUGCUCUUAAAGUACAGUAAUUCAUUAGUAGUAUGUUGAAAACUGGCACACACUAUAAGCCUUGACUCCUCUUUCUGAAAUCUUCUGGGUCAACGCUCCUCCCUUCUAGGGGAGGAGUAGGGGAGGAGCGUUGCGUGACGAGACGACCCCCGCUUUCAUUGGUUCUAUUGAAAGAUUUUCAACUUUGUAUUUUGAAACUUUUGUAAUGAGACAUUCGACGAAGAUACAUUAAAAGGGAAUCUUUUUUUCCGCUAUUUAACUCGUCUGUGUUACAGUUGUGGCGGGGUUCUCUUUUCUUUGUGUUGUUUAAUAAAUGGAAAGAAAAGAAAAAUAGAAGGCUUUCGUUAGCCAUUUGCAGUUGUCUGUAGGAACUUUCAUAGUAUCAAGUAAUAAAACUUACUAAAUCUAAAACCUCUUCUGGCAAAAGGCUUUCGUUAGUCAGUUGCAGUUGUCUCUAGAAACUUUCACGUCAACUAAGAAAAGAUUGAACGAACUAAAUAUGAAACUUCUCUUCUAGACAUUUUCUCUGGAAAUUUCCCCUUUGAUAAAUGAUUUGAUGCAAGACAAUCUAUAUCCUGAAGUUUCGGUAAAUUCCGUUCGCUCUGAAAGCUAAUCAGUAUAAAAUUUUGCGCCGACUCAUACCACAAUUUCUAUUUUACUAUGAAUUUUUCGUCUUUUAAAAUGCUGUUCCGUGCCCGGAAGCAUACUUGGACCAGCGUGAAAAGUGCCUCAAAGGUCGGAAGUGCCUAUCUAUCGGAGAGAGACCAUUUACAAUUGCGAUGACUCAUGUUAAGGGUAUAAGUUAUACCCGGCAUACCGCGGUAAGGUUUUGGUGUUUUAAGGUGUUUUAAAAAGUUAACUCCAUGAUAAAAACCUUGAAGUAACUAUUUGAUUUAGUCACUAAAGGUUGCUGAUUGUGUCUUUUCUCUGGUGCUGUUUAUCGAACUUAUUACAAUUUAAUAUUUUCCAAAAUCCUUUAAUAAAACGCUUUUUGCCAGCAAGACUGUCAAAGUUUUUCUGAGAGGUUUUCAGAGAUGCUGUGGCAAUAUUGUAACAAGUGUUUUGAUCUUCGCUUGUCAAUUCGCUUGUCAAUUAUUUAUUUUCCAAGAACUGUUUCAAAUAUAAGCGUUCGUGUUUUGAAACUGCAGAUAAAGAGAGUAAGGCCUUGUUUCUUGCUUAAGCACAAGAUCAAUUUGCAGAAGACUUGUUACUUCGAGUUCUAAAUUCUUAGGGUUGAUUCGUGCCUUAAAAAAGCAAACUUUUGCAAACGAAGAUCGCUCUAAGAAUGACCACGCGUUUCAAAACGGAAGUGUCGUACAAUGCCUUCUACCUAUCUGAAUUUUUUCUUCCCUCUAGUUUCCACUAAAAAAGAUACAAAUUUUAUUUUCCCGGAAACUUGAUAAAAAACGUAGUCAUAUUUUUCACCUUAUCGACGUGAGCUUUGUCUAGAAAAUAUUUAUUGACCUAUCACGUGGUCAAAAAAAACUUGGCGACAAACAAGACUGACGAGGAAACAAGACGUUUUUGUUGUGAUCUUUUUAAAGAACUUAAAACAAAAGAGCAAUAUCACAUCAGUUUCAUAUGCCUGUACCAAGCUAAAAUUGACUUCCUAAGACAUGAAUUUCGUGCAAGCCUGAAUAAAAAACAUAUCGAAGUUACUUUAACUUAACUGCGCACAAUCGUAAAAAUAACACUGCCUUCAGUGAAAUCUAAACUAAUAACAUUAAUGACCGUAAAGUAAUAUAGAGUAAUUUGUAAUUCUGUUGUCUAUGAAUUGCUAAACUAGUCGAUAGCCACGUUUGGCUGAAAACCAUAGUUUAAACAGAGCAAUGACCUAAGAUAAUGGGGUGAAAAGAGUUACUUUACGUUCGUACCUCGUGUUCUGUUUUAGUAGAGUUCCGCUUGCUAUCCGUUACGAAGUUCCUGCGACUUGUAGUACGCAAUGCAAUGAAAACAAUCAUGACCCAGUUGUCUAGUUAGAACACAGGCCUUUCAAAGCCAGUCUAACAACAAACAGUUCCAUCACCAUUCGCAAAAGGAUCAACUUGAGUUCGUAUAUGUUGGAGAUUAAUAAGUUCCUUCAUCGGAACUUUUUAGCGAGAAGGACUACAUCUUGCUGCUGACAAACUACUGUAUUCCUCCCACAACGGAAAUUAUCCCCUAAAAACAAACGUGGAUUGGCCAUUUAUUGUGCCAUAAUAACAUCACUGGCAUAACUUAAAUACUUUACCAUAAAGCGGCUAUUGUUCGUAUACUAACUUUAUUGUUCUCUGAGAAGCCAAUGUUGCUAUGGAAAUUACAUUCCGAAACGUACAUCCCACGCAGUCUCCUUUUCAGAGGUGCCAUAUUUGGAAAAAUCUUGACAGUCUUUUCAAUUUCCUAUCCAGGCCAGAAUGAUUUCUUUUUCAAGUUUUCAUAGUUAAACAUUAACUGAAUAAAAUAUUCUUAGUCUCUGGCCGACUGGUAGAUCUCCAAUACUUUUCUGAAGUUGAUCUGCGUUGAGCUAAUAGUUUGAUCACUACAGACUCUAAUACAGCAAGAAAUAUUACCAAACAUAUUUGGAAUAUUUUAUUUAUAACUUUACUCAAAUAUAUUUUUGAACAAAUCUUCGCCAUUUUGCAUCCAGACGCCUUUCUACCAAUGUACUUGAAAAUAUAAUAUUGGUCAGUCUUUUCAUUAGUUGUUUGGAAAAGUUGGUUGUUUCUGAAACUGGGCUUUUCACAACCGUAGUCCGACGGUAUAAACAGAAGUGGACUUUGUUACUAUUGUUAACCGAGGAAUGCUGCAAAAUGCCAAACAAUAGAACUGAGUUCUCAGGCUGAGGUUCUGAAGUCUGUUGGCAAAAUAUCAUGGACGAAAUAACCGCAUCCUCGGCUUAAAAAGGUUAGACGUCGCGCGUACUUGAUGCAGCUUGUUUUAAGCAUUACAUUUAAAGAACAGAAAACGUCUCACUCCCAGAGAUAGGUCACAGCGAAGUCGAUUCAAUGCGUGUAAUUUGUGUUACGAGUACCGCAAAGUAUUGGUUUCCCCAAAGUACGACUGUGUAAUAAAGGGGUAAGAGGUUUUUGAUAAAUGAAUAACGACUAAGAGACCCUGAUGAACGAACGAUUGCAAUUGUUGUUAACUCUUCAUAUUUUAUGUACUCGUUACUUUCUAGUUAUUUUGUUAUACCUGAAGUUGUUCUUCCUGGCAGUACUAAUGCUCUUUAUGCAGAUGACUGCAAAUGUUCCAGAAUCAUUGACACGGUUGGUGAUCUUGAUUUGUUUCAACAAGAUCUGGAUAAUCUACAUUAGUGGAGUGUUCGGAAUUUCAUGAGCUUUAAUGUCAAGAAAUGCAAAAUAAUGAAAAUUACUAUUUUUUCCUGGAUAUUUCUGGACUGGAAGAGGUCGAAGAGUUUAAAGACUUAAGGAUUUUUACUAAUCAACACUUACCAUGGAACCCACACAUUGAUUAUGUUGUAUCCAAGGCCAACAGAGUGCUUGGCUUAAUUAAAAGAACUUGUAGACGUCUGGAUGACCCUACGACGUUGCGUACUCCUUAUAUUACUGCUCUCUGGUUCGCUCGAACCUGGAAUACUGUUCAGUGGCAUGGUCCCCGUAUACAAAAAGAAAUAUUGAUAUACUGAAAAGGGUACAGAGAAGAGCAACAAGAUGAUCCCUAUCACAUUCGUUUGAAGAGGUUAAACCUCAUGUCAUUGCACAAGAGAAGAUUACUGACUGAUGUGACAUUCUCAUAUAAAGUACGUAACGGCAACAUUAAUAUUGACGUCAGCAAAAUUAUAGAUUUCCACUCAGAGGCUGACCGCUUUUCACUGACUAAGGUCUAAGGACUUUUUAACUUUAAAGAAUAAAUUUGCCAGAACUAAUGUCCUGAAGUAUAGUUUUUUCCAUCGAAUAACUGACAUAUGGAAUCAGCUACCUUUAGAUAUUCGUUGCUCUGAUAAUGUAAUUACUUUCAAGUCUGGAGUUAAGAAAUUUCUUAGUGAUUUUUAAAUUGAGUCAUAUCUUAAUUUAUUCUUCGAAUUUAUUAUUUUUAUGCUCUAUAUUAGUUAAACAGUACUAAUGUCUUGAGGUAUAGUUUUCCCCAUCAAAUAACUGACAUGUGGAAUCAACUACCUUUAGAUAUGCGUUGCUCUGAUAAUUUAAAUAUUUUCAAGUCCAGAGUUAAGAAAUUCCUUAGUGACUUUAAAUUUGUUUUUUUUUUUUAUUAAGUAUCUACAUUAGUUCAUAGGUGAUCUGUUUUUAUAUGGGGUUUAGGACUCCUUUACAAAUUAUCCUUUGCCUUUGACCAGAGAUUGUGAUAAAUAUAAAUAUAAGUAUAAUAUAAAUAUUUUAACAACGAGAGAAUACCUUCUUUUGCAGACACGUAUAAGCGCGGGAAAUUUGAUAUUCCAUUGUCACAACCGCGAGUAAGACCAAAAACAUACUAAUUUUCAUAUAAAAAAUUCCAACCAAUUUUUGCACACCCUUAAACCCUAGUACGGAAAUUUUGUUUACGCAUGCGCUAAUUAACCACCUGUGGCAAUUUUUUUAAAUCUGAGUCAGGUUGUGGCGUUAUAGAACAGAUAUGCAACUGCUUCCAAAUAGGCUAUUUCCGCCAGUUUUGUUUUGUUUGUUUGUCUUUUUUUUUUUAAAGUGCUCUUUGUCUAUUCUACAAAAAGGGUUUCUCCUACCACUGCGCACUGAGUAGACUAUUAUUUAUUUCAGUAUUUUUUUUUAUUUCUGCAGAAUGCUGUGCUGUCUUCACUGUCACUUCCGAUGUGACCCAUUGUGUAGAAGAGAAACUAGCAGUUGUAAGCACUGCCCAGGCAUGUCCCCAUUAGAAUUCGCCGAAAUUAUCGUUCUUAGCUAGCUGAUCAGCUCGUUAUCGCUUGCAUUCAGGUUUAUGAUAAAAAAAACCUAAAUGGUUUACUCAUAAAGAAACGAUGAUUGCAUUUUACCGCGAUUUAAUAGACGAGUUUAUUAUUCGAAAUGUUUCUAUGGAGUAAGAGCGCUUUUACUGCAGUCUCUUUAAAAUUAAGAUUAUUGCACCGAAUUUUCGAAGUGGAAAUACUUAGGCUUUCAAUCUACAACGUUUAGUACAUCUUUUUCUAAAAUGGUCACAAUUAAUUGGCUCUUAUUGUCUCGGUUACAUCCGCAGAUUUCAAAAGCACUUUUACCUUCAAACGACGACACAUCAAGGGCCAAAGCUAUAUUUCCCACCAUUUUGAAACAAUUUAUCUAUUCUUAUUGUAGCUAGUAACUUUAGAUAAAUCAUAUUUGGUUUCUAGACUAAAGCUAUAGGCGUGACAGGAGUUCUCGAGUCCUCUCGAUAUAACGUUGUAGCGCGUAUGUCGACCAGUUACCUAAAAACGCAAAGGCGAACGCGAAAACAGACGCAGCCUGAAGCCGCCCAUAUUCUCUUCUGGCUAGUCAUGGCACUUCAUCAAGCUUACAAAUGCAAGUUUUAG